AUGAAUUCAAAAAAGCAUAAAAGUAAAAAUCGUGCUAAACCUCCCCCUAAAGCUGCUCCAGAUUUACAGGAGGAUGCUAAAGCAGAAAAUUUGGAUAACCUCGCACAAAAAGACAGCAAUAUACAACAGCAAACUGAAAUUAUAAAAGAAGAACAAAAAACUGAAUCAAUGGAACCAAAUAGUGAAAUUAAAGACGCAGACAAGGAAGAAAAAGUGAUUUGUGAAGUCCCUAAGAAACCAAAGCGGAAAAAAGGUAAAAAGAAACAAGACACUUGGAGUGAAGAAAAGGAGAUAGUUUUACCCGAUGAUUCAAAUCAAAAAGAAAAAUUAAAUGAACAAAAUUCAGAAAAUAAAAAGGAACAAAUUAUCACUUUAGUCCCUAUUCGCAAAAAGAAAAAUAAAAGUGAAAAAAUUGAAAUCGAUACUCAAGAACCACUUUUAAGAGAUAGUAUUAAUACUUCAGAACCAAAUAUUAUGCCAGAAACCAAACAUGAUACUGAUAAAAAUGUAGAUCAAAUAAAGGAACCCAACUUACUUGAACCACAACUCAAGGAAACCACAUUACCAAAGAAAAAGAAAAAGAAAAAAAAUCAUCAUGAUUCUGUAAAAUCAGAUGUCAAUGAUGCAUGUACUCUUGCUUUUCAAAAGUUACUCGAGCCAACAAAUACAGCAAAUCAAAACGAUGAUACAGUAGAAGUUUCAACAUUAGAUUGCUUUAUAGAUGAUGCUAAAAAUAUAGAAGUUUCCGCAAUAGACUAUGAAGAUGAAAGUUUAAAACGUAAAAAAAAACACAAAAAAAAUAAAAACCCUCCACUGAAUUUAGAGUCAAAUGUUGAAACUGUAUCUAAAUCUCAAGAAGUAAAUAUUAUAACAAGCCCAGAAUUGAUAAAAUCUGAUGUUACUUUAGAAAGUACAAGUCCAAAACCAAAAGCUAAAAUUGCAAAGCCAGUUCAAAAAAAACGUAAAAGUAAAUCUGAUUUUCAACACGUGGAACAGUUGCCUGACCCUCGAGCUGAUGAAUCAGAAACUGUCGAAUCUAUCAUUAAUAAACCAGAAAAUAUAAUAAUAAAGCUGAUUGAAGAAAAAGAUUUAAAAGACGUUACUAAUGUAGCUACAUCACUUGUGAAGGAUGAAAACAUUGAAGACAAAAAAAUUAUAGCACCUCUAUCAACACCAGAUAUGACGGUACUUCAUGAUGAUAUUGUUACUGGUAAUUUAAAGGAUAAUUCUAAGGCCAGCUCGACUACAACAGAAAUUAAAAGUGAUAUAAAAGAACCACAACUCAUAGAGACAAAUAAGGAAUCAGAUAAUCAAGGUUUUGUAGAAGUCAAGACCGGAAAAAAUAAGAAAAAAAGGUUACGGAGUAACGAACCUAUACCUCACGAUGUAAAAAAUACAACCAUACAAACAGAUCAACUCAAAGAAAAAAAACAAAACAUAAGGCAUGAAGAAGAGAAAGAUGAAAUAUUUUAUGAUAUACCACAACUAGACAUAGAAGAAAGCACUAAACCAGAAGAAUUAGAAGGCUUAAAAGUCGGUACUCCUGAUUUGAUACAGUACCCGCGAUCGACAAGUCAGCUAAAUAUUGACAACAAUAACAAUACAUUAAUACAAGAAAUAACAAUAACAGAUGAGAUCAAAUUGGGGAUUCCUAUUUACAUGCCUACGCCUAUUAUAGAAGGAUCAGGAGAGACACCAGAUAUCAAGUUGACAGGGGAGCCCAUAACUAUCAAAGUUCAGUCAAUGCCUAAUAAAGAUAAUACUGAAAAGACUGAUAUCAAGUCGAAAAUGUUUGAAGUUAAUAAGGAGAUGGAAGAAUUAAGACGAUCAAUCGAGCGUUCUUUAGCUGAAUUGACAGGAACAGAAAAAUGUGAUAGUAAAGUGGAUUCUGAAUUUGAAGAACUAUUCCAAAGUCAGGUAAAUGAACAGCCACCUUCUAUCCCUCAAAAUGCCAGAAGUGUUGAUGAUGCAAAAAAUAAUAUACAGGAAUCAGAAAAUAAAAAUCUUAAAGAAACUAACGCUGCCAUUGUAGGAACCCCAAGUGAAAAUACUGCCAAAGUACAAAGUAACAAAUGUGAAGUUGAAAGUUCGCCUCCUAUAUGUCCUGUGAGAUCAAAAAGUAAAGGUAAAUUCAAGAGAAAAGGUAAAAAAGACGCGUUGCCUGCCAGUAGUAUCAAUACACCAGAAUCGCAAAAACAAGGCAGUUCUGGUUCUUAUCAAGAAUCUAAAACUAAAGAAUCAAAAAGCGCUGAAAAAUCAGAACAAAAUACCAGUAAAGGCUCAUCUCAAGAAAAAGGUAAACAACAAUCAUCUCAUACUAAAGAUAGUGGAGAAACAUCUAAGAAGCUGAGUUUGGAUUUAUCUUUUGAACCAAUAGAAAACUUUGAAGAUGCUCUAACUUCCAGCGCUGACGAUGUUAAUAAAACAUUCGAAAUUAUUGCAAGCGAAGCGACACUAGUGACAAAGGAUAUGCAAUAUCAAAGUACACCGCAAAUAAACGUAAUAGCCCCAUCUGAAGAUGGAGAUGAAGAUAUGAAAAAAGAUUCAAAAACACAAAACCCGAUGUCGCAGCCAAAAAACUUAUUAGGCCAUCCAAACAUUCCUGUAUCAUCGAAUAAAAAUGAUUAUAAGAAAGAAAAGAACAAACCGCCAAAUUCAAUACAGGCAAAGGUGAAAAUAAAAGAUUCUAUUGAAAUUGAAAUGCCGGAAAAACAAAAUAACCCACAAAUUAAAAAGUUAACAAAGGACACUAACGGCCAUGACGCUUAUUCAUACGUGUCGAAUGAAAAUGAAGAUUUUGUGUAUAAAUACAGUUUUCGUAAAGUGUUUUUGCAAAGUGCAUGCCAUGUGUGCAAGAAAGAUUUAAUUCAAAAGAUGCCCUGCAAAUUCUGUUCAUUGGUAUUCUAUUGUAGUCAAAAGCACAAGGAUGAAGAUUGGCCAAAGCAUCAGUCGUUGUGCUUUGCCGUAUCAACUAUCGCCCAUCUUAAAGAACAAAAAUUCAUUUAUGGUGAUGCUCAAAAUAUAACUGGACAAGAAUAUCGAGUACUUCGAAUGCAGAUGAUUUUAUCCUGUGAGAAGAUAUUAAAAAGAAAGCUAGUUCCUUGGGAGCAAGAAGCUCUUUUGUAUCCUAGAAUAUGUGGUGAUAUUGGCUGUAGAGAAUGGAAACAAAGUAGACUGAAGGACUGUGAAGGAUGUGGUCAGAUUUCCUACUGUGCUGACCAUCCUGAACAUCUACCAUCUGCCCACAAGCAGUGGUGUAAAUCAUACGCUUUAUAUCAAAAGUUGGUAAAUUAUCAGCAAACUAGGGGCAGAUUGGAACCAAAACUUCCGACAAAAGUUUUAAGCCAUUAUAGAAUACCAGAUAACUUAAACCAGAUUUUGGGGUCUAUGUAUGAAGAGAAAAUUGAUAUGGAUGAUAUCCAAUAUGCGGCUCUCACUCAAAUAGCUACGGCGCCUCUAACUACAGCUUACUGCUACCAACUAUACAUGAACAAAAACUCUACAAAUGCCAAUGGACUUUCAAAGAAGUCAACAUUCACAAUACAUACAAUAGCCACAGAUUUGCAAUUCGAGGCAGAUUCACUCAAUAAAUGGGAGAUUUUCUUUCUCCAUCUUCUUGAUGUGCAGGACUUAAGACUAGUUCUUAUCGGACCAGAGCUCAACUCUUCUGACCUGCCCUGGGAUAUACUUGGUAAAAUUAGAGUAUGUGAAAAUUGUAAGACUAAUCGACGCCGUGUUAUUUUUGAUUUCCGCGAUAAGCAAUCUUAUCAAGACUAUUAUUCUAGCGAUGACUUUAUUACCCCAGAUAUUGUCUGUGCUUUCAAUCCAAACAUACAAAGGGCGUCCACUUACAAAGUAGAAGAUACAUGGCCGUCUACUCUAAACUGUGUUUUAAAACAACGUGUGCCGUUCCUCAUCACUUCCUACACAUUAAAUGAACUUAAAAGAGAUAUCGAUUGGAUUAAAGAGUGCUCAAAAAUCGAUUUUAAUAUUAUUUCUGAUUUAAAACAUAAUCCGUUUUGUAGCGUGCGACCCGACAGAAACUUCAUCACUGAUCACGAAAUGCCGUUGCUAUUUAAAAACUAUUGUUUUAGUAUCCUGUGUGGUAUU